UCGUCAAGAAUCACAAGGCACAAUGCCCAGUGACAGUCAUACGGUAUAAUAAGCAAUCAAAUCAUACUAGGAAACAAUCAAUAUCAAUAUAAAUCGCAAGAUACAAGCAACAAAGUUACAGUCACAAGUGGGAGGAAAUGGGCGACGGGAAUGAUGAGAAGACCAAUAGCAAUAGUAAUGCAGCCUAAUGUGAAUAGUUUGACAGUGUUGAGGUAAUUAUUUGUAUAGCAGAGUGAUGGCAUUCAGGAAAAAACUGUUCUUGAAUCUAGUUGUCUUGGUGUGCAGUGCUCUAUAGUGCCGUUUUGAGGGUAGGAAUUAAAACAAUUUAGGUCCAGGACAUGAGGGAUCUGUAUAUAUUUUCACAGUCCUCUUUUUGACUUGUGCAGAAUACCGGUCCUCAAUGGACGGCAGGUUGGUAGCAAUUAUUUUUCUGCAGUUCUAAUUAUCCUCUGAAGUCUGUCUUGUUGGGUUGUAGAACCAAACCAGACAGUUAUAGAGGUGCAGAUGCAGACUCAAUAAUUCCUCUGUAGAACUGGAUCAGCAUCUCCUUGAGUUCUCCUAGUUCUAUGUAGUCAUUAUCCACCACAGGACUCUAAAUAUCUCUGAGGGUCAGCAGGCUAAACUCCUUGACCCAACAAUUCCCUUUGCAGUGUCCUGGCUCUGUUGCCAGCCAUACAUUAAAAGGAGAAUGUCCAAGCUAGAAACCAAUAUACAUACAACAAUAUCCUUACUUCAAAUCUUCUCUUUUUAAUAUUUUCAAGCCAUACAGUGGGGACAAUCAACAAAUAGUUGGCCACAAACACAGCAUUCUUCAUCUGCUUGUGUCUAAUGGUAUCAUGAAAGAAUGUCCCAAAAGAGAUCCUCUUGGUUACCUAAUAGUUUUGUGACUGGCUAUAAUACAUUAUGUUUGCUGCAGGCAUGUGGAAGUUGGUUUAGUUGGAAAAGGACUGAUGAGACAAGAUAGUUAUUAUAAGCCAUUAUCUUUCAAUCUUAAACAGCUCCAGCCCUUGCCUGCAAACUAGAGAUGUUGCAUUCAUCUAUAUCAGGUCUACCAACAAACAACCACCAAGUAGCCUUGUGUGACUUGCUGUAAUUUUUUAAAAAGUUGAUAAAUUAACUGCCACCAUCCCAAAAGACAUGUAGCCCAGCACCUCAAGGCCUCACUGCCACUGUCAUCGCCAAUUGGCUCUACUAACCACCAAACUACUGACUGGCACAUAAAAGUGUUUCUUUGUAGCCUGCAAUUAUUUUUAAUUUUUCAACGUUGCCCUUUCCCUCUAUAAAUUAUGCAGGCCUGAUUUAUAUUACAAAGUUAUUAAAAAAAACUCUCCUUUAACCUCAAUUCUCACAUCUCACAGUAUCAGCAUAUAGUAUCUAAAUCCCAGCCCCUGCUGAUUUAAGGAAGGAAAUCGUGAAUAUCAGUUCGCUUUUCAACUACCUACAGAAGCAACUAACUCUUUUUGAGUGCAGUAGUCAUCAGCAAUGCAUCACAUUAACAAACCCUAGGUUUUUUUAGAAUAGAAUAUAUUUUUUAUUGGCCAAGUGUGAUUGGACACACAAGGAAUUUGUCUUGGGGCAUAUGUUCUCAAUGUACACAAAAGGAAAGAUACCUUUAUCAAGGUACAACACUUACAACACUUAAUGAUAGUCAUAGGGUACAAAUUUAACACUUAAUGAUACAACACUUAACGAUAGUCAUAGGCUACAAAAAAGUGAUCAGGAAACAAUAUCAGUAUAAAUUGUAAGGAAACAAGCAGCAAAGUUACAGUCAUAAGUGGAAGGAGAUGGGUGAUGGGAACGAUGAGAAGAUUAAUAGUGCAGAUUUAAUAAAUAGUUUGAUAGUGUUGAGGGAAUUAUUUGUUUAGCAGAGUGAUGGCAUUCGGGGAAAAAACUCUUCUUGUGUCUAGUUGUUCUGAUGUGCACUGCUCUACAGCGUCGUUUUGAGGGUAGGAAUUGAAAUAAUUUUAUGUCCAGGAUGAGAGGGAUCUGUAAAUAUUUUCACAACCCUCUUUUUGAUUCGUGCAGUAUACAUUUUUUUUAAAAAGUAUAUAGUAUAAAGUUUUUUAAAAGUUUGCUCAAGAAGCCACGUUCAGGGGGAAAAGCUCCAUCUACCUCCACGGAGCUUACUGUGGCGUAACACGGAUCAGCUCUCCCGAACAGAGCAACAGGGCCGAGCUCUACGCUCAACCAAGCCCGGCUACCGCGUACUAACGAAGCGCGCUCCGAAGGGAAGGGCGGGCCCGGGGAAGCUCCGGAAGGUCGCUCUUUGCUCUGAGGAGGCGGGCCUUGUAGCGGAGCGCCGCAAAGAGGGAGACCCGCCGGAGUGGGAGCGAGACUGCGCGGCCCCGGGAGAAGCCGAGACGCUUCAGGCCACAGCGUGGGAGGCGCGCGGACGCGCGGACCGAGGAAUUGCUGUGGAACAAUUAUUUAAUAUAGUCUUUCCCAACCUGGUGUUGAACUUCGGCUUGCACAAGCACUAAUCAUCCUAGAACCUUUAAUAUGGAGCAGAAUUAUGAACAAAAGAAGGAUGCCUCUUUUUCUGGUUGCCUGAAUUUUCCAAGUUCUCCAGCAAGGUUGCAGCCUAGAAGACACUCAGGCAUUUGGACAAACAAAGAACUAGUCAGCUCUUCAGAUCAACCCAUAACCAACUUAAAUGUUAUUCAAACAGAAUAUGCUAAGACUUUGCAUUUAAAGAAUAUUGCUGUGCCUGACAAUGAUGAAAGGAUAAGUACUUCUACUGAAAAACAAGAAGGAAGAGUCAACUCUGUGACUGCUAACCUAGAUAAAGAAAAGAAUAUUGCAUUCCUUUUAAAUGAAUUGGAUGUUCUAAGGGCAAACAAUAAGAAGCUUCAGGAUCAGCUGUCUGAAAAAGACAAAGAAUUGAAGACACUAAAGCUGGACUUAGAGCUACAAGAGAGUAUAGCAGAAGCCAAGAUUGCAGAAAAGGCUGCAGCUCUGGUAGAAGAAAUUCAUUCCACACAACACUACCUUGAUGAAGCCAUCAUGGCUAGACUGAAGUUGGCUAGUGAGGAGAGAAAUGAUCUAUGUAAACAAGGAAGGCUACUGGAACAACCUCUCGAAACGCUAGAAAAUAUUAACCCUGAAGAAAAUGACAUGACAUUACAGGAAUUACUGAACAGAAUAAACAAUGCAGACACCGGUAUGGAGAUAUGGAGGACAGGAGGUAUAAUUGUCGAUCGCAUAUACAGAACCCAGAAACAGAAAAAGAAAAUAACAGCUGAAGAAAUUAAUGCAUUGAUAGAAGAGCGAGAUGCUGCACUGGCUCAAUGCAAACGGCUGGAGCAGGAGCUUCAUCAUAUGAAAGAGCAGAACCAGACUUCUGCAAACAACCCUAGACAUCUGACUGCUAAAAACAAUCAAGAACGUGCUCUGAAGGAAAAAUUGCUUGCUAUGCAACAAGAGAGAGAAGCUGCUAUUCAUCAAUAUAAAAGUCUAGAAGAAGAACUGCAGACUCUUCGUAUUUAUUACAGUUUGCAUCAAGCUCUAUCCCAAGAAGCAAAUCUUAAGGAUCAGUUCAACUCCACACUUAUAACAUAUGAAAAAGCUUUGAAAAAUAAAGAUGAUAUUGUCUCCAUGCUCUUUCUUCAAAAUGAGGAGCUGGCGGCUCAACUCCAGCAAAUGGCAGCAGAGAAAACAAGCACAGAAUUAAAAUUUCAGCAAACUACAGAUGCUUUGCAAGAGACCACUGAAAAACUUCAAAAAUUGCAAAGACUGGUGGACGUCCUAAGGAAGAAGAUUGGAGCAGGGUCCAUUAGGAUGGUGAUCUGAUAGAAAGCACCAGUCUAAGGAAGCAUUCACAUCUGGAGACCAGGCUGCUUCAUUCAGUGCUAUGUAAACAUUAAAGCUUUAACUUAGCAAAUAGUUGUUAGAAGUGGGACACUCCAACGACAUUCCAAGCCGAGAUAAAAUCAAAUCAUAAAUGUUUAACCACUUGGCUGCUGAGAUCUGAGAUUUAUCCAAAGGUAUUUGGUCAAAUUUACUUUUGUAGCAGAUCUAUUUUGGUACAUUUAGUGAACCGUGUGGUUGUCUGCGGGAGUCUCUGUUUAAUGGUCAAUUGUUCUUUAUGGAGUUCUUGCUUUUUAUUUCUAAUUUAAGGUUCAAAAUACUGUAGAGUGUUCCUAAACUCUUACAUUCUCUGAAUUGAAUAAAAAAAUUUAAGAUUGGCUAAAGAUGCUGAAAUGUAAGGUGCUUCUAAUAAAAAAAGGGAAACCGAGAGGAAAAAAUUAUCUAUUGCUAAUAUACUGUCAACUGUCAUAAGGUGUAGUGAUUUUUUAUGAGUGCCCUGUUGGUGAAUGAAAAUAUUCACCUGCCCGACAGGGCAUAUAUGCUGGGUUGUGUGUUCAUGUUGAAUAUUUUAUAUGAUUGUUGUUUGCCUAAAUAAAGAAAUAAAAUAAA